GCGGGAUGCGAGGCGCCCGCCGCCGCCUCUGCUCCGCCUUGCUCGUCGCUUACGGCCUCUUCUCCCUGUACGCGGCCUACAGCGUCUUCCUCCGGCCCCGCCGCGCCGCGCGCCGCGACCGCCGCGGCCCGCGAGAACAUGUCGCGCUGGGCGGUGAGGAGUGGAACCCCUGGGAGGCCGAGGAGAGAGGCGAGCAGGCCGCCUCCCAGCAGAGAUACGAAGCUAAUCUUCAAAUGAUAAAAAACGUGAGAUCUCACCUAGAACACACCAGUCUUAGAGUGCAGAUCUGGGGCAAAGCAGCAGUGGGUCUUUACCUUUGGCAACAUAUUUUUGAAGGGCUCCUUGAGCCAGCUGAUGUAACUGCACAGUGGAGAGAAGGAAGCCAAAAGGCAGGAAAAACGCACUUCAGCUUCAUCACUGGUCCGUCUGUCGUUCCUGGGUACUUCUCAGUAGAAGCUGAUAAUGUUGUGCUAGUUCUGAAUGGAAGAGAAAAAGCAAAGAUCGCUUACGCCACUCAGUGGUUGCAUUAUGCACAAACUUUAAUCCAAACUCGCAAGAUACAGCGUGUUGCUGUUGUGCUACUUGGAAAUGAGCAGUGCAAUAAUGAAUGGAUUCAACCAUACCUGAAAAGACACGGAGGAUUUGUAAAUCUACUGUUUGUAACAUAUGACUAUACAUUGGUAAAUGAAGAAGAUAUUUUCCAGUGGCCUUUAGGAGUAGCUACCUACAGAAAUUUUCCAGUUGUAGAGCCCAGCUGGUCAAUGCUACAUGAUCCAAGAUCAUAUCUGUGUAAUUUUUUAGGAACAGUUUAUAAAAACUCUUCUAGGGAAACCCUGCUGGAAAUUCUGAAACAGGAUGGGCUUGAUAAACUUUGCUGGAUUGCAGCCAGAGAACAAUGGCAGCCUCAAGAAACAAAUGAAAGUUUCAGAAACUAUCAAGAUGCUUUGCUGCAGAGUGAUCUGACAUUGUGCCCAGUGGGAAUAAAUACAGAAUGCUAUAGAAUAUAUGAAGCUUGUUCAUAUGGAUCUCUGCCAGUUGUAGAAGAUGUAAUGACACCAGGUGACUGUGGAAAUUCAUCAAUGUAUCACAGUGCUCCAUUGCAAUUACUAAAGACCAUGGGGGCUCCAUUUAUCUUUAUUAAAAACUGGAAGGAGCUUCCUGCUGUUCUAGAGAAAGAAAAAGUAAAGAGCUUGCAAGAAAAGAUUCAGAGGAGAAGAAAGCUGAUAGAAUGGUAUCGAAACUUCAAAGCAUGGAUGAGACAGAAAUUCAUUAAUACUUUGGAAAAUUCAUUUUUACCCAGUGAUAAAGGAUUAAUUGCCCCUUUUGAAAAUCAAAAAUAGAUUGAAAGCUUAAUUUCCAUUAACCUUCCAAUGAAGCUUUUAUACAAAAAAAGAAAUCUCACAAGGCGUUCCUUUUGAUGUCAGCAGAGUUGUGCUAGUUUAGCCAAGAGCUAAGUUUGGCCCUCCAUCCUUAACGUUUUCAGAGGAGAUGUUGACUUGGAAGGGUGGUAGUCUGCAAGGAUGACAACAGUAAUUUUAUUACUAAUUUUACAAUUUCCAUGUUGUCUCUUGACUUACUAAAAAAUUUUUAGGAGAAUAUUUUUGAGCAUGUGAACUUGUUAAAUCCAACAUGAGAACAACAUUUGCAUUUGAAACAGAAGCGUGAAAGCUGAAUGGUACAGAAUAAUGUAUUAUGAAGACAUAAAAAGUAUGGUUAUUGCAAAUUUACCAGGUGUAGCACAGUCCUUAAGGUAUAUCCUGGUAACUGUUUGUUUUGAAAAUGUGAACUGUUUAUUUGAUUGACAUGUUUCAUUUCCAAGAAAACAGCCAUAAAGCUAAUUAAAUACUCUGUGGAAUAAAAAUGUAUAUUUCAAGGUAAAAACAGAAUUAUUUCUUAAAAGCA